CCCUACAACAGUUAACCUGCCUAGUGGGCUUUGGACUUUGGCCAGGUAAGGGAUUCUUGUCUGGAGUUAGGAUAAAUGUUUACCUACUUUUUAUGGGAACGUGGUUCAGAGAUGGCUCUAGAGACCCACUGUUGGCCUUCAUCAGCACCCCUAUAGGCAAGUGACACCCCCCUCUCCAUCCAGUGGUCAUUGUUUCUACCUCAAAUGCCCUGAGAGUCAGCUCCUCCCAUGAUUCUGACCAUUUACAGUCACCGCCCAGAGGGUGGGUGUUCUUGCCAUAUGACCCAUGACCUAAGUUUUCAGUCAUGGAUCCUGGCUCAUCUGGGUCUUUUAGAAGUUGUGUAAUGAAAACUGUGUCACUAGGUGGGGGCUCUAAGAAGAAAGGUCUUUCUUUUCCACACCCUGAAAUUAACCCACCUCUUAAGUGUCUCUGAGACAGGGACCACUCAGGCAGGUAUCACUAUACCUGCCUGAUGUCCUCCAGGUGUCUCCUGUUUCAUACCUGAGGAUCUCCAUGAGCCCAGUCCUGCAUACUCAGCAUAAGGAGGCACUGGCGGCUCUGCCUUUGGGGAUGACCGUGACCUUCACUGUCCACUUCCAUGACAACUCUGGAGACAUCUUCCACGCUCACAAUUCAGUCCUCAAUUUUGCCACUAACAGAGAUGACUUUGUGCAGAUUGGCAAGGGUGCCGUCAACAACACCUGCAUCAUCCGCACAGUCAGUGUGGGCUUGACCCUGCUCCGUGUGUGGGAUGUAGAACACCCGGGCCUCUCCGACUUCGUGCCACUAUCCGUCCUACAGGCCAUCACCCCAGAGCUGUCUGGAGCUGUGGUGGUGGGUGACAUCCUCUGUCUGGCUAGUGUUCUCAUUAGCCUGGGAGGUAUUUCAGGGACCUGGAGCUCCACAGCCAAUAACAUCCUCUACAUUGACCCCAAGACUGGCGUGGCUGUGGCCCGAGAUGCAGGGUCUGUGACUGUUUACUAUGAGAUUGCUGGACAUCUGAAGACCUUCAAGGAGAUAGUGGUCAGCACCCCUCAGAAGAUUGUGGCCCGUCGUCUCCACUCUGCUCAGACCAGUAUCCAGGAAGCCACGGCCUCCAGAGUGACUGUCAGCGUGGGAGACAAGAGCUCUAACCUGCUUGGUGAGUGCUCCCCUGCCCAGCGAGAAGUCAUUGAAGCCUUCCACCCAGAGUCCCUCAUCAGUUGUCAGCUCCAAUUCAAACAAGAUGUCUUUGAUUUCCCUGCGCGUGAUGUCUUCACCGUGGAGCCAGGAUUUGAUGCUACCCUCGGCCAGUACCUCUGCUCGGUUACUAUGCACAGGCUGACAGAUAAGCAAUUGAAGCACUUGAACAUGAAGAAGACGUCACUGGCGGUCACUGCCUCCAUCCCCAGCAGCCGUACUACUCUAGAAAAGGUGGGAGCUGAGGUUCCGUUCAGUCCAGGGCUCUAUGCCAACCAGGCAGAAAUCCUUUUGAGCAACCACUAUACCAGCUCCGAGGUCAAGGUCUUUGGUGCUGUGGAGAUUCUGGAGAACUUGGAGGUGAAAUCCGGGUCCCCAGCCGUGCUAGCCUUCGUGAAAGAGAAGUCUUUUGGACUGCCCAGCUUCAUCACAUACACUGUUGGUGUCUCGUAUCCCACGGCUGGCAGCCAGGGCCCUCUGUCCACCGCCCUGACCUUCUCCAGCCCUGCCACUAACCAGGCCAUCACCAUUCCAGUCACUGUGGCCUUUGUGAUGGAUCGUCGUGGGCCUGGUCCCUAUGGAGCCAGCAUCCUGUCACACUUCCUGGACUCCUACCAAGUCAUGUUCUUCACCUUCUUUGCCCUGCUGGCAGGGACAGCGGUCACCAUCAUAGCUUACCACACAGUGUGUGCACCCCGGGAACUUGCUUCACCCCUGGCUCUCACGCCCCGUGCCAGCCCUCAGCACAGCCCCCACUAUCUUGCCUCAUCGCCUGCCACUUUCAACACAUUGCCUCCUGGUCGCAAAGCCAGUCCUCCCUCAGGACUCUGGAGCCCAGCCUAUGCCUCUCACUAGCCAGUAUUCCGGACUGUUGUUGCUGCACAGCUAAACUGAUACCACAAUGGAAGGGUCACCGACAUGUUCACACUGGGCCCUGGGCCAUCCUCACUG